AUGGACAAUUUAACACUACAGUUGGAAAAUACUUUAAUAAUAACUCAUCCAUUAUGUUUUCCAGGUAUUGUCAACCUCACGCCAACUUCUUGUUCAGCUUUGUUAAUAAGAGAUCCUUCAACUCGCAGUGGAAUGUAUUACAUUAAUCCCCAAGGGCUAAGUUCAUCGCCAUUCGUUCAAGUGUACUGUAACAUGACUUCGACGGAAGGUGUUGGUGUGACAGAGAUUGGGCACGACAAUGAAUCGCGCACACUCGUGGUCGGAUAUGAAGGAGCGGGUUCUUACAAACGGAGCAUCAAAUAUGUUAUUUCUAUGGAACAUAUUAUUGCAAUUAUGAAUCUGUCCAAGAAUUGUGAGCAGCUUAUAAAAUAUGAAUGUCAUGGAAGCUUCAUUCGAAACGGCGGUUGGUGGGUGUCGCGUCAAGGUUCGAAGAUGAAUUACUGGGGUGGAGCCGCAGUCAACAGCGGAAAAUGUGCAUGUGGAAUGGCCGACACCUGCGCUGGUGGGGGAAAAUGUAAUUGUGACGCCAAUGACUACACAUGGCGUGAAGAUAGUGGGUACCUGACAGACAAGAAUACGCUUCCUGUUACUGAGCUGAGAUUUUGUGAUACUGGUGACAAAAGAGAGAAAGGAUACCAUACAUUGGGAAAACUGCGAUGUUGGGGUUAG